UGGAAAUAACUGAUACACGACACCUUCGCUUCUCAUAAAUGACACUCAACUAAUUCAAUUUUUCAGCUGCUCAAUUCCGAUUCCGUGAUUUGUUUUUCUCGAGAAACAAACAAAACUUUCCGAAAAUGGGAAGCUCUUCCAAGGGUCGAACAACAAUUGAAGUCGGAGCUGAUGGCGUUGCUCUUAUUACCAUCAUUAAUCCGCCUGUUAAUUCCUUGUCUUUUGAUGUACUAAACAGCUUGAAAGAUAGUUAUGAUCAAGCCUUGAGAAGAGAUGAUGUUAAGGCGAUUGUUGUUACUGGGGCUAAGGGCAAGUUCUCUGGUGGUUUUGAUAUUUCUGCAUUCGGUGGAAUUCAAGGGGGAACUGCUGCACAGCCAAAGCCAGGCUAUAUAUCAGUGGAGAUUCUAACCGAUACUGUUGAAGCUGCAAGAAAACCUUCAGUUGCUGCAAUCGAUGGCCUUGCCUUAGGCGGAGGUUUAGAGGUUGCAAUGGGAUGCCAUGCACGUAUCUCAACUCCCAAUGCUCAACUAGGCCUUCCUGAGCUUCAACUUGGAAUAAUACCUGGAUUUGGAGGGACACAGAGACUUCCACGUCUUGUUGGUAUUUCAAAGUCCCUCGAAAUGAUGCUGACAUCAAAGCCUGUCAAAGGGGAAGAAGCUCAUGCUUUAGGUCUUGUAGAUGCCGUAGUUUCAGCCAGUGAGUUGGUGAGCACUGCACGUCGAUGGGCUUUGGAUAUGUUGGAAGGCAGAAAGCCAUGGGUUGCUAGUCUUUAUAGGACUGACAAGCUAGAUUCUCUUGGGGACGCAAGGGAGAUAUUCAAGUUUGCAAGAGCACAAGCUCGGAAACAGGCUCCUAAUCUGAAACAUCCAAUAGUUUGUAUUGAUGUUGUUGAAGAGGGUAUAGUUUCUGGUCCUCGGGCUGGACUUUGGAAGGAAGCUGAAGAAUUCCAAGUACUUGUAAAAUCGGACACCUGCAAGAGUUUGGUCCACAUCUUCUUUGCUCAGCGUGGAACCACCAAGGUUCCGGGAAUUACUGACAAGGGCUUAAAACCUAGACGAGUAAAUAAGGUAGCAGUAAUUGGCGGAGGACUAAUGGGAUCUGGAAUUGCAACUGCACUGAUCCUUAGUAAUUAUCCUGUAAUCUUGAAGGAAGUAAAUCAAAAGUUCCUGGAGGCUGGGGUUAAUAGAGUAAAAGCCAAUCUUCAAAGCCGUGUCAAGAAAGGGAAGAUGUCUCAAGAAAAGUUUGAAAAAACUCUCUCUCUUCUUAAGGGUGUUCUCGAUUAUGAAAGCUUUAAAGAUGUGGAUAUGGUCAUAGAGGCUGUUAUUGAAAAUCUAUCUUUGAAGCAACAAAUUUUUGCUGAUCUUGAAAAAGUUUGCCCGCCACAUUGCAUUCUUGCAAGCAACACCUCCACAAUUGACUUGAACUUGAUUGGACAGAAGACCAGGUCUCAAGAUCGGAUAAUUGGAGCCCACUUCUUUAGUCCGGCUCAUGUCAUGCCACUUCUUGAAAUUGUUCGUACCAACCAAACAUCUCCUCAAGCCAUUGUGGAUUUACUAGAUAUUGGAAAGAAGAUAAGAAAAACUCCAGUUGUAGUUGGAAAUUGCACAGGUUUUGCUGUGAACAGGAUGUUUUUCCCUUACACUCAAGCUGCUAUUUUUCUGGUUGAACAUGGAACCGAUCUUUAUCAGAUUGACAGGGCAAUCACCAAAUUCGGAAUGCCAAUGGGCCCAUUCCGGUUGGUUGAUUUGGUUGGUUUUGGUGUUGGAGUGGCCACUGGAAUGCAAUUUAUUGAGAAUUUUCCUGAGAGAACCUACAAAUCAAUGCUUAUCCCACUUCUGCAAGAGGACAAGAGAACAGGGGAAGCUUCUCGCAAAGGGUUCUAUUUGUAUGACGAUAGGCGCAAAGCUAGCCCAGAUCCUGAUGUAAGGAAAUUCAUUGAGAAGGCGAGAAAUAUAUCUGGUGCCACCAUCGACCCUAAGCUUGCAAAACUUUCUGAGAAAGACAUUGUGGAGAUGAUAUUCUUCCCAGUAGUAAACGAGACCUGUCGAGUCUUUGCUGAAGGAAUUGCUGUUCAAGCUGCAGACCUUGACAUUGCUUCUGUUAUGGGAAUGGGAUUUCCUUUUUACAGGGGAGGUAUUUUGUUCUGGGCUGAUUCUCUUGGAUCCAAAUACAUAUAUUCAAGAUUGGAUGAGUGGUCAAAGAUGUAUGGAGACUUCUUUAAGCCUUGUGCCUUCUUGGCUGAAAGAGCUGCCCAAGGUGCUUCACUGAGUGCUCCUGUGGAACAAACCAAAUCCCGGUUGUGAGAUAUUUGAUCUUCAGCCGUCUUCACGGAUCCUGUUCUUUUUCCGUCUCCAAUACCGUCUUGGAUCGGGACCUUCCUUCUGCAGUGCGUGGGCAAUACCCAGUAAUAAUGUAACACAUAAGAAACUGCAUACCAUAAUAAAUGAGAGCCUAGAUAUUAAAUAAUAUUUAUAAAUCGGAAAAGUUAAGUCGUUAGCAAGAGUUCGUUCUUAAUAAUUACUUGGUGCUUGUGACAAUAAAAACAUUUAAUGCGGGAUCGCUCCGUCUACAA